AUGAACGCGCCGGGGCACGCGCGCGGCGCGUUCGACCUGGCGGACGGGUCGGCGAUGGAAUUCGUUGGACACGUUCGAUCGACGGUCGAACGGGUGUUCGAUGUGAGUGAUGGGGCGAUUGCGGUCGAUGGUGGGUCGUCGAUGCGGGACGCGAUGAUGGCGGUGCAGGCGGAGGAGCGCGCGGCGAAGAUUGCGAGCGGAGAGAUACAGGCGCCGCAGCGCAUGGAGGGUUGGCUCGCCCCGGUCUCGAAUGCGCUGGAGGAUUUAUUAUUCACGAUCAAGGGUCAAUUAUUAGAUCUCGGGGUGCCGUAUCCGACGGGGAACGCGAUCAUCAUCGUCACGAUUUUGGUGAAGAUGGUGACGUAUCCGCUGACAAAGGAUCAAGUGGUGAGCUCGCUCAACAUGAAGAACUUGCAGCCACAGAUCGCGGCGAUUCGCGAGAAGUAUGAGGACGACCAGGAGCGAAUGAACAAAGAGAUCAAUCGCGUGUACGAGGAGAACGGUGUAAAUCCGCUCGCCGGCUGCGGUCCAGCGCUGCUGUCGUUCCCCGUGCUCGCGGGUUUGUACAGGGCGUUUAACAACGCCGGCAUCGACGGAGCGUUCGAUGAGCCUUGGUUUUUCCUUCCGUCUCUCGCAGGACCUACGGACGCGAGAGAUCUUAGUUGGUUACUCCCGCUCGACGCGGACCUGGCGCCGCCGAUCGGUUGGGACGACGCUUCGCUAUAUUUGCUGUUUCCAAUCAUGACGACGCUCUCGCAGUUCGUCAGCAUGGAGGUGUUGAAACCGGAGGAGGAUGAAAAGACGAAAGAGAUGCAAAAUCAGUCGGUGUUGUUGAAAUUGUUGCCGUUCUUCAUCGGUUACAUUUCGCUCACCGUUCCGGCGGGGUUGGCGCUGUACUGGUUCUGGAACAACGUUUUUACGACAGGGAUCCAGGUGUACUUGCGCAACGGCGGCGCCGUGGCCACCGUUGAGGCCACGGAGGUGCGCAUUAAGAUCCCGCUAGGAUGUGUUGUCAUUCCGGAAGACGCGGAAAUCCUACCGGCGGACUACAAGCCCGAAGGCCCGAGCGUCGUCUGGGACGAAGAAUGGCUGGCGAACUGGCAACAGGAGCAAAUCGAAGCGGCGCCAGACGCCGCGUUUGAGAACGCCUUGGCGGCUGGUAUGUCCGAGGAAGAAGCGAAGAACAUGGAAGAAAUGCUUCGUAAUCGUUUGCCACGUAAGAAAUCUAUAGCGGAGCGCAAGUUGGCGACGGAGACCGAGUUGAAGGCCCUCAUUCGAGAAUACAAGGCAAAGGAUGAUGCAGAAACCGUCAAGGUGUUGGAAGACGGGCUCGAGGCGCUUCGAGCUUACAAAGCGGAGCUCAAGUUGAAGGCGGAGACGGAUGAGCUCGGCGUAGAAGAUAUCACCAUGGCGUGA